CCUAACAGUGUAAAUGUUCCAUUAAAGAAAAUCUUGAAUUUCAAACAUUUGGCACUUCAAAUCAUUCAUCAUGCUGAAUAUGCUAAAGUAACAACAGCUUGUUCUGUUCCUAUGCUUACACUCACAGCAUUCCAUUACUCAUCACCACAACUGUACAAUGGCAGAUAAAAACUAUGCAUUUUACAUACAUGGUGCAGAGGAGCAAAUGUGUUCUGGAUAUCUUUACAAAUCUCCCCCAGAGAAUCAGUUCAAGUCUCAGAAAUCAUGGAAACGGAGGUUUUUUGUUCUUCUAAAGUACAGUAACAACAUAUGCCAGCUUAAGUACUAUAAAAAUGAAGAGAAGAACAAACCACUUGGAGAGAUUGACUUGUCUAAGAUCACAUUCAUGUUCUUGAACCCCGAGAUGGAUAAUAAGUGGAACUGGAUUCAAAACCAUUUCAGAUGUUCUCCUUCGUGCGUAAUGUUUAUUAGAGUCCCAGAAAGAGACUUCUUCCUUAUCGGAGAAAACAGUUGGGAGAUGGAAAAAUGGUUCACUGCUUUAUUUGACAUCUUAAAUAAUCGUCCACACAGACUGUUGGAUCCCAAGACAUUUGGGAUGAAGAGACACAUCAGGGAACUUCCACAAUCAGAAAACGACGAGCAGACAGUUGAGUGGGGUCAUACAACAUAUGUUACACAUGAGCUGCCAUCACAUGUGACCCACGAGCCCAUCUAUGUUUCUCCUGCAAAAUUCAAAAGUAAAGAAUUGAGAACAGAAACAAACCGCGAAGAUAACGACACAGAUGAAUUGUCAGAAUGAGUGCAGAAAUGUACUCGCGCAGGCUUCAUUCUAAACUCCAGCUUCUUUACCUGUUGUUACUGAGUGCUAAUUGUCAUAACAGUCUGGAAACAAGACUGAAUUUAAGAUAUAUUUGUUGUUUUAUUUUCACAGUUCAAGUAGUAUGUUGAAUGUAAGGUUGAACAGGAUUCUUAUAUGCUAAAUCAUAUUUUGUUUCACUGACUUGCACUAAACCAAAGCAAAGGGAAUGUUUUUAUAAUAGGUUUGCAUUGGGAACCUCAAUA